AUGCCGUAUGCAGACAUGGUGAAAGAGUACGACACUGUGGAGAUUUGCUACGUGGCUUCCAGCUCUGGGGUUAACAUGAAGGAGCCGCACUGGAGCCUGACUCAGACAGGGGGGAGCUGGAAUAAGGGGAAUCCUGCAGAGACAUUUUUGGCCGACCUGCGGUUCCGCUUUAAGCUGGAGGUGCCCGAUGAGGACCAGGCGGCAGCAGGAGAUGCGGCGCUCUGUACCGUCAUUGUCGCUCUGAUGCAGAAGACGGUCCCUAAGGACAACUACAUUGAUUUUCAAUUGUACCAGGUUUCCGCCCAGGUCCUAGUAAAGGAUCUGAAAUCUAUAAAUUACAUAAACUCUAAUGAUUGGAACAGUUGGAAGACAAGACAUUUCCGGGUGCCUAAGGGAGAGUACCUGAUUGUCCCCAAACCUUCUGAUCCCAAUCAAGAUAUGGAUUUUUGCAUCCGAGUCUUCUCCAUGAAAAAGGGUGGAGCUGCCUGA